AUGGACUCUUAUCCUCCAAACAAUAAGAGAUCUAGGGACGAGUUUGACGGUGGUUCUGGUGCUGGCGGACCUCCGCCAUUUUCCCAUGAUGGUCACAACAAUGGACAUGAUGAUGGUCUUGCUAAAAGACAACAUGUUGACCCAACUACUGAACUUAUUGCAAAUGUCUGUAAGGAUAUUCGUAGAAUUGGAGAAAACUCUAACCUUGCCACUCAAGUCGAUGAUAUCUCAUACAUCUCAAACCCAAUUGUUGCUGAGUUUGAAAAAAUUGAUAAAUUGAGAAUUUCAAUUUUAAACACCCUUUACUCAGUUGUUAUUGAGCAACCACAAAAGAUUAAUUCUUUGAGUGUAUUGAUUUUACUUUGUAACCCAAAGAACUUCCUUGUGGCCAAAUAUGUGAUUGAAUUUUUCCAUUCUAAAGCUCAAGGACUUAUUGAUACUUUAUUUGAAGAAAGUAAAAAGGAACAAACUGAAGGUGAAAAAGAAGGUGAAAAGGAGGAAUCAGCCUCUACUCUCCCACCACAAGAACAACAAGAAUUGGAAGAAUAUGCUGGAUCUUUCAAUAAUUUGAAAAGUAUUUUGAAAUUUUUGGCUUGUUUAUCACCAAUAAUCUCCAAUUACUCUAUUGUUGAUGUAUUUAAACAAUUUUUAAAAUUGUCGAUUGAACUUCAAGAUCUGACUCCAGAGGUUAGAAAUGGAUUAGCUGAAGAAAUCUAUUAUAAUACCCUUGUAUCAUUACCAUAUCUUUUAUGUAAUGAUUUUUCAUCAACUAUGAAGGAUCAUUGUAAUGAUCUUUUGGCAUUGGCUCUGGAUUUUAAACAUAAAGAUAACGUUUCCUACACUUCUAAAGUGUUUGAACCAUUCAACUUAAAGGGUUCGAAUUUCAGUGACAAUUUGCCUUAUAAACCAAAGAAUAUAAUUUCCCUUAUUUACCCAGCUUUACUUACUUUACAAGGUGAAAAUAAACUUUGGGAUAAUUUAAAAGAUAAAUUGUUUAUUGAUUUCGAAGAAUUGAUUACACCAAUUAUUGCUAAAUCUUUAGAAAAUAAUCAAUUAUCAAAUGAAAUAGUUAAGCAUCAAUUACCACAAUUAUCACUCCCAACCGUUGAGAAAUUAAAUGCUGAAUAUAAGCCAAAGGGAUUAGUUGAUACUUUAUGGUUCAACACUCCAAGACUCUUAUUUCAAGUUUAUAACAUCACCACUGAAUUUGAAACAGUUCCAUCGAUUGAAUCUUAUGUUGGGUUAUUUUUCAAAGAUUUAUCAUUUGAUAUUUUAACAAAUUUAUCAUUUAAUAAAAAUGAAGCAUCGAUUCAAUUAUCAAUUCUUGAUUUAUAUUUUUCAAAGAAUUUAUUUGCUCCUCCUGGAUCUCCUAUUGAUCAAUUAACUCUUAUUAAUCAAGAUAAUUUAUCCGGAGAAAAUCAACCACCACUUUCAACUUGGAAAAUCGAAGAUAUUGCUAUUGAAAGUAUUUUAACUAUGAUUUUCCAAUUACCAAUUCCAUUACAUGUUGAAGUGUACUACUACAGUGUUUUGAUUUCAUGUUGUAGAGAAAGUCCAGAUUCUAUUGCACCAGUGUUUGGAAGAGCAAUUAGAUAUUUCUACAAUAAUUUAGAAGUAUUAGAUUAUGAAUUGAAAAUCAGAUUUUUAGAUUGGAUGUCAAUUCAAAUUUCUAAUUUUGAAUUUAGUUGGAAAUGGGAUGAAUGGGUUAAAGAUUCCAAACAAUUUAAGAAUUUGAAAUAUCAUCCAAAGAAGAAUUUUAUUAAAAAUUUGAUUGCAAAGGAAAUCAGAUUAUCUAACAAGAAUAGAAUAAAGGAAAGUUUUGUCACCGUGAAUGUUAAUGAAAAUGGUGGAAAUAGUAUUGUUCAAUUAGAUGAAUUCUAUCAAUAUUUAAACCUUUCCUUGGUUGAAAAUGAAGAAGAUUUCAUUUUGAAUUAUGAUAGUGAACUUUUUGGAAAUUCUGAUGAAAUUAAAGAAAUUUUCCAAACAUUAUCCAAUCAAACUAAAGAGAAAAGAUUAGCAAGACUAGAAUCAUCUACUACUGCUUCUAUAUCUCCACAAGAAGAAUUAAUUUACAAUUUUUCUCUUCCAACUGUUCCAUUGAAUGAGAUUGCCAAUACAGUAUAUGAUUUCGUAGUUGCCAAUUGGAAAUCAAACAGUGAUUUCCAAGAUUUAUGUCAAGGAGUAUUAACUUCAGCAGAAGAAAAAUUAGGAGAAAAUGCAAUUAAGGAAAGAUAUCUCAUUAAUUUAAUUUUCCAAACAUAUGUUUAUAUUGGAUCAAGAUCUAUUUUCUCUGCAGUUAGUAUCUUUUCAAGAGACGUUGUUAAAUUAAGAUAUUUAGCUGGAUGGAACUUGGAAGAUGAUGAAUAUAAAAAUGAUCCAAGUGGAUUCAAAUUCACACCAUUGGAAUUGACAGAAGAACAAUUUAACCAAAGACAAACAUGGAUUACUGAAGCCAUAUUUAGAGUAUGGAAUCAUCAACCACAAGUUGCAUUUUUGAUCUUAGAAUAUUUAAUUGAUUUCAAAAUCUUGAAACCAAUUGUUUUGAUUGAAUAUGCUUUUGCUAUUAAGAAUAAUCUUAUUAUUGAAAAUGUUUCAUGUAUGGAAUCUAUAAAUAGAGUCUUGAUAAAUCUUUCCAAGAAAGAUAGUACAAUUAUCAAUGAUCUUUUAAUUAAGAUUUUUGAAUUUAUUUGUUCAAAUUUGAAUAUUAUUCUGAACCAAUUGAAUAUUCCAAAUACUGAAGAAGUUACCAUUAUCAAAGAAUUUGAAGAAUCAGACAUUGAGAAUUUGGAGUUGAUGUCUAAAAUUGAUAAUCAAUGGCUCUUUUAUGAAUAUUUGGGAUUAUUGAAGAGUUAUCUCAGACGUUAUUAUUCUAAUCUUAAUGUUAGUUUAGAAGAAACUACAAAGAUUUUCGAAAAAAUUGAAAAUGAAAAGGUGAAACAAGAUGUAUUAUCUUGGUUAGAUGAAUUGAAAUAA